CACCUGGAACCUUUAGCUGCCGGCUUGGUCCAAUCAAAGAGCCGCUUGCUGUCACGCAGUAUCCUGCAGCUCAGACAGCAGGUAUCAGCGAGGCGGGAUCAUCUCCAGGAGGAGCUUAAGUGGCUGCAGGACUUUGAAAAAAAUCUGGAGUCUCUGGAGAUGACUCUGGAGGAUUGGCAGCGGCGGCUGGAGAGCGGAGCUCAGACAGACCAGUUUGGCCUCCUGGAGCUGAGUGGCUUGUCUGCUGACCUGGACGUGCUGAAUGAGCGGAGCUGCAGCCUGACUCUGGGUGGUGCUGCAGCACACCGCCUGCAACGACUCAACCGCUGCUGGGCUGAGACGGCCACGAGAGCAGAGGAGGCCUGCAGUGAGAUACAGACAGAGGAACUGAGGCAGAAGCCUUUUGAGCAGAAGUGUGAGAGGUGGAUGGCGUUCCUGCAGAGGAUGGAGGACAGUCUGGCUGUAGAUAUCACUGGUUCUUACAUUGGUCUCAGGCAGCAGCUCUGUACGCACAAGAGGUUUCAGGCAGAGCUUGCCAUCGGUCAACAGAUUCUGCAUUCUGUCAUCACUGAUGCUCUUCAUCUCCUGCAGAAAGGGGAGGUGGAGGACAGGAGUGACUUCAUCCUGAAGCUGGCCCAACUCAGGGAGCACUGGCAGGGGGCGGUGCAGAGGGCUGACCAGCGUUGCUCUCUAGUGGAGGGUCUGGUGAGGCGUUGGCAUCUGUACAGCCGCAGCCUGAGGAAGCUGCAGAAGUUCCUGUCAGAAACACAGAACCUCAUCCCAGUCAGUGGACUGGCCCACUGCAGCCUCCAACAGCUGAGACGAUCUCUGCAGGACCUGCAGCACACGGAGCUGCUGUUCCAGAGGUAUCAGAGCACCUUCAUCCAAACUCUGGAGGUCGGCCGACAGCUCUUCUCUAUGGGAGGUCAGGAUACUCAAACUCAGCUGCAGCUGGACCUGGGAACACUGCAGGAGGAGUGGGAGAACCUUCACAAUCUGCUGGCCAAAAGAAUGGAUCUCACAGAGGCCAUCAUUAAGAAUUGGGACCACUGUGUGGCUGGAAUAGCAGACAGCAUGUUGCACCUAAAGCAGAUGAAGACCAAGCUGAACCAGUCCAUGCCAGAAUGUGAUGCUGACCUGCAGUGUGCAUCGAGAAACGAUGAGGAGAACGAGGACUCCCUGGAGGACUGGGCUGAGAGCCUGACGAAGCUGAGCAACAUGAAGACAGAUCUGUCCCAGUACAUCAUUGCUGAUGAUGUCCUGCUGCUGCAGGAGCAGGUGGAGCACCUGCACUGCCAGUGGGAGGAACUCUGCUUCAAGGUGUCUCUGCGGAAACAGGAGAUUGCUGACCGUCUCAAUGCAUGGAUCAUCUUCAAUGAGAAGAACAAAGAGCUGUGUGAGUGGCUCACACAGAUGGAGAACAAGGUGGCUCACACCUCUGACCUCAACAUUGAAGAAAUGGUGGAAAAACUAAAGAAGGACUGCAUGGAGGAAAUCAACCUGUUCAGUGAGAAUAAGACUCACCUGAAGCAGCUUGGAGAGCAGCUCAUCACAGCCAGCAACAAGACCAAGGAGACGGAGAUCAACGAUAAGCUUAAAGACGUCAACGACCGUUGGCAGCAUCUGUUUGACCACAUAGAGGCCAGGGUGAGGAAGCUGAAGGAGACAUUGGUCACAGUUCAGCAGCUUGACAAGAACAUGAGUAACCUGCGUACAUGGCUGUCCUGCAUUGAGGCAGAGCUGGCCAGGCCCGUGGUCUACACCGUGUGCCACAAUAAGGAGAUCCACAAGAAGCUUGCUGAACAGCAGGAUCUGCAAAGAGACAUUGAGCAGCACUCUGAGAGUGUGGCGUCGGUGUUAACGCUGUGUGAUGUCCUGCUCCAUGAUGCCGAUGCAUGUGGCAGUGACUCAGAGAAUGACUCGAUCCAACAGACCACUCACAGCCUGGACCGGCGAUGGAGGAACAUUUGUGCCAUGUCCAUGGAGCGGAGGAUGAGGAUUGAAGAGACUUGGCGUCUUUGGUGUAAGUUCCUGGAUGAUUAUUCUCAUUUUGAAGACUGGCUGAAGACAGCUGAGCUCACUGCAGCCAACCCUGAUUCUUCUAAUGUCAUCUAUACCUUUGCCAAAGAAGAGCUCAAAAAGUUUGAGGCAUUCCAGCGGCAGGUUCAUGAGCGCCUAACUCAACUGGAGCUGGUCAACAAACAAUAUCGCCGUCUGGCCCGAGAGAACCGCACUGAUGCUGCCUGCAAGCUGAAACUCUUAGUUCAUGAUGGAAACCAGCGAUGGGACUCUUUGCAGAGAAGGGUGGCAGCUGUACUCCGUAGACUAAAGCACUUUACCUCUCAAAGAGAAGACUUUGAAGGAACUCGUGAAGGGAUCCUGGUCUGGCUUACGGAGAUGGACCUUCAGCUCACCAAUGUGGAGCACUUCUCAGAGAGUGACAUCGAAGACAAGAUGAGGCAACUGAGGGGCUUCAAGCAGGAGAUCACCCUAAACACCAACAAGAUUGAUGCUCUGAUUGUUUUUGGGGAGAAUUUAAUCCAGAAGAGUGCUCCUCUGGAUGCUGUGCUGAUCGAGGAUGAGCUAGAGGAGCUGCACUCCUACUGCCAGGAGGUGUUCGGCAGGGUCGCUCGCUUCCAUCACCGCCUCAUCAACAGAAGACCGGUUCUGAAUGAGGACCGGGAGAUGUCAGACCAAGACACAGACCUGGACCAAUCCUCCAAUGUGACCAACAUGAGUUCCUGGACAGAGGAGAGGAGAAAGAAGGAGGAUGAAUCUCCAUCCUUGGGUGGAGUCUCAGCUGGACAGCAGGCCAUGUCCCACCUGCUGGUACCUCCUCCAGAGCGGUCAGGAAGAGAAACCCCUGUCAGUGUGGACUCCCUUCCCCUGGAGUGGGACCACACAGUCGAUGUAGGAGGGUCAUCAUCGCAUGAGGACGAAGAGGACAACCCAUUCUUCAGUGCUUUGUCAGUGAAGUCCGUUACGGAGCAGCCCAGCUGGCACCAGCCCGGCUGUCCGGAAAGGAGAGAGGUGCCCAGAGAAAUCCUCUGCGGUCUGAGCACCGCCCCAACUUACAACAGCAGCCCUUCGUUUCAUCAGGGAGGCUACGCUAAGUUCAUGUCAGACUGCAGUGGGAGCAUUAACAGUGUGAAGAGAGUAAAACUGAUCCUCAAUGAUGACCUGGAAGUCGAGGAGGCAUGUCUGACCAACAGCAUAGUGAACAGGCAGACCAGCACAGGUGUAAUUGAGCGCUGGGAGUUGCAGCAAGCCCAAAAACUCAGCGGCGAGACAAACAUCAAGCAUGACCUGGAGCACUGGCACAAACUCAACUCUGACCUGUGUGAUAUCACUUCCUGGCUGGGCAGGGUGCUGCCAGAGCUGGAGAGGCUGCAGCGCAUUGUUCCGUCCACCAGCAUCCGAGACAUCGAGGUCAACAUCAAGAAACUCAAAGAGAUGCAGAGGACCUUUAAGAGCUACAAGUGUCUGAUGAUCUCUGUAAACUUGAGCAGCCAUCACUUCCUUCGGGCCGAAAGUGAUGAGCUGCAGGAGGCUCUGAGCUCAGCCAAUCACAGCUGGAUACAGGCCUGUAGCACUCUGGAGAGCUGGGAGAGGAAGCUGCACUCUGCUCUCAUGCAAUGUCAGGAGUUUCAUGAAGCUCUGCACUCGCUGCUACUGUUGCUGUCUCAGGCUGAGAACAAACUGCAUGCUGUCAACAUCUAUAAGCAGUCAUCUCCACGGUGGAUCCUGCUGCAGCAGCGAGACAUGCUGAUGGCUCUGCAGGAGGAGCUGUACAGCAGACAAAGUCAGGUUUCAGCUUUGCAGGAGAUCUCCUCCCAGCUCAUGUUGGAGGCCACCUUUGAAGAAAGUGUGGAGGCCAAGGAGAAAGUUCAUGUCAUCGGCAACAAGCUUCAUCUAUUGCUGUGGCAGGUAGCUGCAGCCCUAUGUUCACUGCAGAAAAUGCUGGAGGAGGCUGAUUCACAGGCAGCUACACUCACACAGCCAUCACCUUUCAGGGAAGAGAGAACGGAUCAGACACCCCACCGACCUUUUUUCUACCGGGUGUUACGAGCUGCCUUCCCCCUCCAUCUGCUCUUCCUGGUGCUGCUGUUCCUGGUCUGCCUGGUGCCGUUAUCUGAUGAAGAUUACAGCUGCACACUGUCCAACAACUUUGCCCGUUCCUUCUACCCAAUGCUGCGCUACACCAAUGGCCCCCCGCCCACGUAAACGCUGUCACAAUCUACGCUUGUGUUGUGGAUCUCAGCCAGACCCGAGGCUAAAAUCUUUAUACAGACUCCUUACUGGGUCAUGGUUAGAACUACCACUCUACAAAAACCGACUGUGGGAUGUGUGUACUUUUUUUACUAAAUGUUCCCUCUGGAUUUAAAAAUAUUUAUUAAUUAUUUUAAUUUGAAGCCAUUUAACUGGGUUGGGUUUUAAUCUUUUUAAAUUGACAUUUUUCCACCUGAGGUCCUUGCUGCAGUAUGCUGUGUGAAGCAAAUAAAGUCACAAGUGUUGUUAGAAUAUUUAUAAGUUUCACACCCACCCAUUUUAGUGGUGUGUGGAAAAUGGACAAAGAACUGUAAUUAUCAAAGUAUCAGCAGAGGAAGGAACCAGCCAUUUUCUACCACUGCUAUUCUUCCACAGAAUGUAUUCAGAAAGCAGAAACCUUUUCAUGACUUGUCUUUUUACAGUGUUAAAUAGAUAGUUUUUUUUUUUGUUUAUAAUAGUUCUGUUUGAGGUCCUACCAUGUGAUGUAAAGGUAUGUAACAUAGCUGAUGUGUUAUUAAAUGCAGGUAAUCAUGUAAAAAAAACAAAACUAAUGAUAUAGGAGGAAGCCACUGGGUGUUUCUAAAUGUGGGACUGGAUCUUAAUGGUAUCAAUUUUAAAGCCAUUGCAAUAUUUUCCUUUAAAAAUAGAAAAAAAUGAAUCUACUGCUAGAAGUGCACACACAGGCAUUGAUGUGCCCUUCUAAGCUGUCUGAAGUCAUUUAGAUUGAAGUGUUUGACAAUCAAAAAGUUGAAGCAUUCUGCUUUGCCCAUAGUUCAGUUUGUAGACAACUUCAUUCAAAUUUGUUAAAUUCUGCUCCAAUUUAUUGUCUGCUUUAGUAAACAUAUACGCUCCCACCUUUGUAGCAACUGUCAGGUUGAAUCUUGAAGGGUGCCUACCUCCUCGUGCCACACGGUGCUUUGUGUGUCUGUGUGUGUGUGUUGGGGGGGUACUGUAAGAUUGUGGGCUACUGGGGUAUAAAAUCAAGAGCUGACCCUCAGUACAAAGUCGAGCCAAUUUUUGAUGCCUGUUGAGCUUGGGAUUGUGUUUAAGAACAGGAUUGUGUAGAGUCUGAGGCCAUUGUUCUCAAUGUGCAAAAAGUGGGAAUGCCUCCUCAGGGGUCUGGGAUCAAACAACAGGAAGGGUUUAGGUUUGUUGGUGGCUUGUCCCUGACAGGACUGAGCAGGAGAUGGAUCGGGUCUUCUUUUGCAGUAAUGAGGCCAUGUAUCCAGACUGUUGUGGUGAAGAGGGUUUUGAGCUGAAAAGUGAAGCUCUCAAUUUUCUACAUUUACAUUGCAGCCAUCAACUAGAAGUUAUAGUCAGACCUGAAAAAGGCGAUCCCAGACACCACCAGCUGAAACCAGCAUCCUCUGUAGGGAGGAUGGACUCAACCUUUGAAAUAAAUUGAGAAGCUCCAUCAUCUGGGGGGAGCUCAGAGUAGAGCUGAUGCUGCUGCUCCUCCACAUCUAACAUGUUUGUUGAGAAGAAUUAGACAUUUGAUAAGGAUGUUUUCUGGACAUUUCCCUGGCACAUCUCUCUUCAAGACCACAGGGCAGACCUAAAACUGGAUAUGGGUGUCCUUACUACCGUUGAAGCCCAAUGAGUGAAAAUGGACAGAUCAUUUGAGGUCAUGAGUGUAAGCUAGAAGCUAGAUAAGCUCUUUUCUUGUCAAUUUCCUAUUGUACAGAGUCAUGAUGGUCAAGUGAUGAGACAAACUUUCCUUGGUUUCUUUUUGAGGUAGGUAAGUCUUGGAGCUCACAAUAUUAAAACAAUAUUUCUCAUUUCUGUUAGUCGCUAACAAUGCUAAUCUUAACAUCUGCUUCAUGUCGGCACCAAACUAAAGUGUUGUUUCACAUUUUUUCAAUAAGUCUGGAAUGAAUCUGAUCACAUCUGAACUUUCCUAGUAAUAUUGCCCACUUAAAGUGCUUUCACACCAGAGCCACAUUUAUAACACACACAUUCAUACUCCUUGCCCAGGGGCACAUGUGCUGGGGAACAACGCUAGAAAUAAACCCAUAGCUUUCUGAUUGCAAGUCAACUUCCCAUUCAACCAUAGUUGCCCCACAUCCUCUUGUCUUGCAGCUAAUUUCUUUUAGCUCAGUUAUACCUGUCAUAACCAGUGCACAAUAACCCUACAGACAGCUAUGUAACAGGAUGGGGUUUACCUGUUCUGGCUGUGAAAAACGAAUGAAACGGACCUGACAGUGGUUCUUUAGAGCAAAGCAGAACCCUGGAGAACAAGUUGAAUGUAAUAAGUUAAAUGUUGCUAUGAAAAUAAAAAAAGAUCUCUAAAUGUACAAAUCGGAUCAGAAAUGUCAAAGAGAGAUUCUGUAAAUGUGUAUUGAUGGUUCUGUAUGUUACCUUAGCAUCACACCAAAGACUAACAGAAUAGAAACAGACAAAAAAGAAGUGUAUAAAGUUUGUUUAUUUUAGGAUCUUUUAUUAUAGGAUGCAGAGAUUGUCAUUUUUUGCCCGAUAAACUGUGCUGAUGUUUGCAGUGUUUCUGGGUUUUAACAAAAGUCUUCCUGACUGACAUUAACAUCCGAUCUGACAUAUAAACAGCAAUGCUUUAAGCAUCUGAUCUGGUCAUAUUGGUUCAUGCAUGUGCAAGCUACAGACAAGAUAGAAAGGAUAGUACAGGAGUUAGAUUACCAGGCACCAAGGCUGAAUUUACACUCAUUUCACAUUUCAUGGAUGGAUAUUCAAAAAGCACCUUAAUGUUACAUAUUCAGUUUGUUUGAGAAGAUCAGAACAAACAGAUUCGAAGUUACAACACAGGAAACAAUGACUGUUCAGUAGACACAUUAUCCACCUCACACUGAACCCACAACAAUGGUUUUACAGGUGUCUGAGCUAUUAGUUUAUGAACAACUAAUGUUUUCAUACCCUAUUUCUAAAGGCCUACUACAAUAAACUUCAUUUUUAAAUUAAA